AUGGGAAUGGAAAGGAGUAUAGAAGAAGAUUUUCAGAGCUGCGGGAAGCGUCUAAAAUGUGCCGAGAGUGAAGACAACAUGGAGCUUUAUGGGGAGAAUGAGCUUGAACUACCGGCUGACCAAUUCUUCUAUCCAGUCCCGAUGCCGACAUCGAUCGUCGUCUCCGAUGCCUUGGAACCUGAUUUUCCGGUCAUCUAUGUCAACACUGUAUUCGAACUCUCCACCGGAUUUCGCGCUGACGAAGUCCUCGGCCGUAACUGUCGGUUCUUGCAAUAUAGAGACCCUCGCGCACAGAGACGGCACCCUUUGGUGGAUCCUGUUGUUGUUUCUGAGAUCAGAAGAUGUCUUGAGGAAGGUAUUGAAUUUCAAGGAGAGCUCCUUAACUUCAGCAAAGAUGGUACCGCCUUGAUGAACAGGCUAAGACUUAAGCCAAUUCAUAGCGAUGAUGGUAUAGUCACGCAUGUUAUUGGAAUCCAAGUGUUUGCUGAAGCAAAACUAGACCUGAAUAAUGUAUCAUAUCCGGUUUUCAAAGAAACUUGUAAACAGCAGUGUAAUGAGUCGGAUGAAACCUUUCAAAAGAGUGGACAUUUACUACAGAGUCAACAUCAGGAAAUAUGUGGAAUUCUGCAGCUUUCUGAUGAAGUACUGGCCCAUAAUAUUUUAUCACGCUUGACUCCACGGGAUGUUGCAUCAAUUGGGUCUGUCUGCACAAGGAUUCGUCUACUAACAAAGAAUGAGCAUGUGAGGAAAAUGGUAUGUCAAAAUGCAUGGGGAAGAGAUGUAACAGGUGCUCUGGAACUGAUGACUAAAAAGUUAGGAUGGGGACGCUUGGCUAGGGAACUAACUACUCUCGAAGCCGUUUGUUGGAAGAAGCUGACAGUUGGAGGUGCAGUAGAGCCUUCCCGUUGCAACUUUAGUGCUUGUGCUGCCGGGAACCGACUGGUCUUGUUUGGAGGAGAAGGAGUCAAUAUGCAGCCAAUGGAUGACACAUUUGUUCUCAAUCUUGACGCUGCAAACCCGGAGUGGCGUCGGGUGAGUGUUAAAUCUUCUCCUCCAGGGCGAUGGGGCCAUACCUUGUCAUGCUUGAAUGGUUCUUGGUUAGUCGUCUUUGGUGGCUGUGGGAGGCAAGGCUUGCUCAAUGACGUGUUUAUUCUUGAUUUGGAUGCUAAGCAGCCAACAUGGAUAGAAGUCUUUGGUGGGACCCCCCCACUUCCGCGAUCUUGGCAUAGUUCUUGCACAAUAGAGGGCUCUAAGUUAGUUGUCUCAGGUGGAUGCACUGAUGCUGGUGUGCUACUUAGUGACACAUACUUGUUGGAUCUCAACACAGACAAACCUACAUGGAGAGAGAUUCCAACUUCAUGGGCUCCUCCAUCCAGGUUAGGACACUCAUUAUCUGUUUAUGGACGAACCAAAAUUCUAAUGUUUGGUGGCCUUGCAAAAAGUGGGCACUUGCAGUUGCGGUCAGGUGAAGCAUAUACCAUUGAUUUGGAGGAUGAAAAGCCAAAUUGGAGGCAGCUUGAAUGUGGUGCAUUAACUGGUGUUGGAAGUCAGAAUGCUGUGAUUCCACCUCCUAGACUUGAUCAUGUUGCUGUAACAAUGCCUUGUGGGAGGAUCAUCAUCUUUGGUGGCUCAAUAGCUGGACUGCAUUCUCCUUCACAGCUGUUUCUGUUGGAUCCUGCUGAAGAGAAACCAUCCUGGAGGACAAUCACUGUCCCAGGGCAACCACCUAAAUUUGCUUGGGGUCAUAGCACAUGCAUUGUUGGAGGAACCAGGGUUUUGGUCCUAGGUGGACAUACUGGGGAAGAAUGGAUUCUCAAUGAAUUGCAUGAGUUGCGGUUAGCAAGUAGACAGGAUUCAGAUCCAUGA